AUGGGUAAAGCUAAAAAGACAAGAAAGUUUGCUGCUGUAAAGCGUACUAUAUCCAAAAAGGACCCGCGCCUAACGCAAAACAAAACCACCAACCCCAACCAACUAGCCAAACAACAGCAAAAUGAUCCCGAACUAACACAACAUGUACCACAAGUAUCAUCGGCGCUUUUCUUCAAGUUCAAUGAUGCGAUAAAACCACCAUACCAAGUUCUCAUCGAUACAAAUUUCAUCAACUUCAGUAUCCAAAAAAAGAUUGACAUUAUACGCGGUUUAAUGGAUUGUUUAAUGGCCAAAUGCAUACCGAUAGUCACUGAUUGUGUCAUGGCCGAAUUGGAGAAGUUGGGGGCCAAGUAUAGGAUUGCUUUGAAGUUGGCCAAAGAUCCACGUAUUCAACGGUUGAGUUGUAGUCAUGCGGGUACUUAUGCUGAUGAUUGUUUGGUGAAUCGAGUCAUGCAACACAAGUGUUUUAUUGUGGCGACGAAUGAUGCUGAUUUGAAACGAAGGAUUAGAAAAGUUCCUGGGGUGCCACUUAUUAGUGUCGGUGGACAUUCGUAUGUCGUUGAACGAUUACCUGAUGUGUUUUAA